ACACCAAAAAGAAGAGCAAUCCAAAGCAAAGUGAGCUCUAGAAAAUACAAGAGUUUUGUGAGUGCUUUGGGUGAGGGUGAGCAAGAGCAGAGUGGUUAAAAUUACUUUGCUGAGUGUUUUUUGAGUGUGUCUCGCAUUCAAAAAUACUAGAUCAACUCUCUAUGGAAGAUGUCAAGGUGGCACUGAAUUCAAGAGAAUUGAAGAAGAAGGUGUCCGGAGACAAGAGUGGUGAUCAAGCAGCAGGAUUGGUCAUAAGAGGUAGACAAAAUAACAGAACUUUCAACAAGCGAGGAAAGUCUCGAUCCAAAUCGAGAGCCAAGCAUGCUCGAUGUUACGAGUGUAAUGAGACGGGACAUUUCAAGAAAAAUUGUCCCAAGCUCAAGGAGAAGAAAGCUGAAAAAUCUAGUGAUGCCAACAUUGCCAGUUGCAGUGAUAAUUUAGAUGAUGGAGAUUGUGUUCUAGCUGCCUCUACAAACUCCUCCGGUGAGGAAUGGAUUUUAGAUUCGGGUUGUUCAUUCCAUGUAUGCCCACGACAUGAUUGGUUUGAAACAUAUAAACCAGCCACUGGCACGGUGGUUCUUGGUGAUGAUACAGCAUUGCCUAUUGUUGGAAUUGGCAACAUUCGGAUCAAGACGUAUGAUGGGAUGGUCAGAACAUUCGAGGUUCGUCAUGUGCCGGGUUUGAAGAAAAAUCUCAUUUCCAUGAGUGAGCUUGACUCCAAAGGCUGCCGAUACUCCUAUGAAGGUGGAAUUCUUAAAGUCUCUAAAGGAGCUCUUGUAAUAUUGAAGGGGAAGAAAGUUGGUGGUCUUUAUCACUUACAAGGAAGCACAAUCAAUGGCACAUGUGCUAUGUCAACUUCAAGCCGUCCAGAUAGAGAUGUAACUCAGUUAUGGCAUAUGCGACUUGGGCAUAUGAGUGAAAGAGGGAUGAUGGAGCUGAGCAAGCGAGGUCUUCUGUGUGGCCGAAAAAUUGGAAAGCUAGACUUUUGUGAGCACUAUGUUUAUGGUAAGCAGUGCAGGUUGCAGUUUGGCAAAGGAGUUCAUCAAACUCAAGGCACAGUUGAUUACAUUCACUCAGACUUGUGGGGUCCCUCACCUGUUGCAUCAAAAGGUGGAGUUGUGUAUAUGUUGACCUUCAUCGAUGAUUAUUCAAGAAAGGUGUGGGUAUACACCUUAAAGAGUAAGAGUGACGUGUUCCUCACCUUUAAGCAAUGGAAGACGCUGAUUGAGAAGCAGACUGGAAAACAAAUCAAGCGUCUAAGAACAGAUAAUGGUCUGGAGUACUGUAGUGAAGCUGUCAAUCAUGCUAGCUAUCUUGUAAAUCGGUCUCCAUCCACAGCAAUUGGAUUAAAGACUCCAAAAGAAUUAUGGUCAGGUUCUCCUGCUGAUUAUUCACAGUUGAGGAUAUUUGGUUGCCCUGUGUAUGCUCAUGUUAGGGAUGGUAAACUUGAGCCAAGGGCAGUGAAAGAUGUAACCUUUGAUGAGUCUACUAUGCUCCAAAAAGCAAAAGAGGAGUCUAUAAUUGCAAAGCCAAACCAUGGAGUUAGCAAGCAGGUGGAGUUUGAAGCAACAACUCCAGAAAAGGCAUUGUGGGAUGAUAGUAUUGUCCAAGAGAAUCUAGAUGAGGUGCAAGAUCCAGAGCUAACAGAUACUCCAAUGGAGGUGGAGGCACCUGAACAAACACAACAACGGUAUAAUAUUGCUACUGAACUAAUGGAGGCUGAGGAUCCCAACACUUAUCGGGAAGCAAUUACCAGUAAAGAAUCUCCUUAUUGGCUUGUUGCCAUGACAAAGGAGAUUGAGUCUCUACAUAAGAACCAAACAUGGAAGCUUGUGAUGCCACCAAAGGGACAAAGAAUUGUUGGAUGCAAAUGGGUCUUCAGGAGAAAAGAAGGAAUCCCAGGGGUAGAGACACCCAGAUUCAAGGCCAGAUUGGUUGCGAAGGGUUUCACACAACGAGAGGGUAUUGAUUUCCAUGAGGUAUUCUCUCCUGUGGUGAAACACAGCUCUAUUCGUGUUUUACUUGCCAUGGUUACUUUAUAUGAUCUUGAGUUGGAGCAGCUUGAUUCGCCUCGGCAGUGGUACAAACGAUUUGACAACUUCAUGGUUAAGAGUAGAUUCACUCGGAGCAACUAUGAUAGUUGUGUCUACCAUAAAAAGCUUGGAGAUGGUUCUUGGGUUUACUUGCUGUUGUAUGUUGAUGACAUGCUUAUUGCUGCCAAAAGCAUGUUAAUCAUUGAUGAUUUGAAGAAGCAGCUUAGUGGUGAGUUUGAAAUGAAAGACUUGGGUGCAGCUAAGAAGAUCUUAGGAAUGGAGAUUCACAGGGAUCGCAAGGGAGGUAAAUUGUUUCUCUCUCAAAAGAAGUACAUUGAAAAAGUACUUGAGCGGUUUGGCUUACAUGAAGCUAAGGCUGUGACUACUCCUUUGGGAGCACAUUUUAAGCUUUCAUCAAAUUUGUCACCAGAAACAAAGGAGGAGAAGAAGUUUAUGGCGCGUGUUCCUCAUGCGAGUGCUGUUGGGAGCUUAAUGUAUGCUAUGGUAUGUACUCGUCCUGAUAUUUCACAUGCAGUUAGUGUGGUUAGUCGGUAUAUGACUAAUCCGAGUAAAGGACACUGGGAAGCUGUGAAGUGGAUCCUCCAAUAUUUAUGAGGCAUGGUAGAUGUUGGACUAGUCCAUGAUCGGAGUGCUAAUCCAAGUGGAAAUGUAGUCGGAUUUGUCAACUCUGAUUUUGCUGGCGAUUUAGACAAAAGGAGAUCAACUACAGGAUAUGUCUUUAUUCUCUCAGGGUGUGCCAUUAGUUGGAAAGCUACAUUGCAAUCAACAGUCGCCUUGUCA